GCUUCUUUCAGCAGCAACAACAGUUAGUCAGCCACCUCGGUAGCCUGCUAGACAAAACAGCCGAACCAAUAAAGCUCGUUCGUGUAUAUUAGCUACUGUGUUUUAAACACACUUCUGUCGUCUACUUAGUUAUCCGAUUUAAUUAUAUAUUUACGGUGUUGUUAUUAUUCAGCGGGCUGGUUAAGUUAGCAUUAGCCUAGCUAGCUAACAUCCCCGACCAUGCGGUCACUAAGCUUCUCUCCUUCUAAAGAGGAGGAAGAUAUCACAGUAAAACAAGAAGUAGAGGGUGGGGCUGUUACUGUGAAAGAAGAGGAAGACGCGUUCAGUGUGAAAGAGGAGGAGGAUGUUACAGUAAAAGGAGAGGAAGAUGCAGUUUAUGGCGUGAAAGAGGAGGAGGAGAUGACUGUUACACCGAAAAAUGAGGAAGAAGAGGAGGAAACUGGAUAUCUGGGCCCGGUUUCCCAAACGCGUCUUAAGUCAUCCAAUGGUUCUAACGAUGAAUUUAGCCAUAAGAUGGUUUUGAGAAACCGUUCCCUGAUUAACACUAGAGAGAGACGUGACUAUCGUGGACCCUCUGGGGAGCCUCAACAACCUCAUGAUGCUGACGAGGCAGAGAAGAGUCUCUCCAGAUCAGAACUCCUCAAGAAACACCAGCAGAGACCCACGGGGAAGAUAAAUCACCGCUCUGACUAUGGGAAGAGAUUCACCUCAUCAGCAGGCAUUAAAAUGCAUCAGAGAAUCCACCCAGUAGAGAAACGUUAUUGCUGUACUCAAUGUGGGAAGAGUGUUGAUACAUCUAGCCAUCUUAUUGUACACCAAAGAACACACACAGGAGAGAAACCUCACAGCUGUGAUCAAUGUGGGAAGAGUUUUAUUCAGCUAAGCAACCUGAUAUCACACCAGAGAAUACACACGGGAGAGAAACCGUAUAGCUGUGAUGAAUGUGGGAAGAGUUUUACUCACAUAGGCACCCUGAUAUCACACCGGAGAAUACACACAGGAGAGAAACCAUAUAGCUGUGAUGAAUGUGGGAAGAGUUUUGCUUUUUCGAAUAAUCUGACUCUUCACCAGAGAACACACACAGGAGAGAAACCUUAUAGCUGUACUCAAUGUGGGAAGAGUUAUACUCAUUCAACCAGCCUGAUAUCACACCAGAGAACACACACGGGAGAGAAACCGUAUAUCUGUGAUCAAUGUGGAAAGAGUUUUACUCAGCUAAGAAGCCUGGUAACACACCAGAGAACACACACAGGAGAGAGACCGUAUAGCUGUGAUGAAUGUGGGAAGAGUUUUGCUAGUUCCCGCAAUCUGACACUUCACCAGAGAACACACACAGGAGAGAAACCAUAUAGCUGUACUCAAUGUGGGAAGGUUUUUUUUACAUCUAGCCUUCUGAAGACACACCAGAGAAGACACACAGGAGAGAAAUCUUAUAGCUGUACUGUAUGUGGGAAGAGUUUUGUUCAAUCUGGGGAACUGAAGAUUCACCGAAGAACACACACAGGAGAGAAACCGUAUAGCUGUACUCAAUGUGGGAAGAGUUUUACUCAGCUAAAUGGCCUGAUAUCGCACCAGAGAACACACACAGGAGAGAAACCUUAUAGCUGUGAUCAAUGUGGGAAGAGUUUUGUUCAGUCAAGCUCUCUGAAGAUACACCAGAGAACACACACAGGAGAGAAACCUUAUAGCUGUGAUCAGUGUGACCAGAGAUACUCUGAAAAAAGAUCUCUGAUCAAACAUCAGAAAAUACAUACAUGAAAGAUUUGUUUCAUGGUAUCAAUGAAAUGAUUUCACAAUGUAGAAUGUUUAACAUUGUAGUAGGAGUGUUUUAAUGAUGUCACAAUGUAGAACCCUAAACGUUUGCCCCCUGUUCUAUUGAUUUCAGCAUGAUGUGGAUAUUAGCCUCAGGGGGAAAAUCCAGUUAUGAAAUGGAAGACUAUUAUUUAUGAGAUUUAAGAAAAAGUGACAAACAAAAAGAGUCGUUACACUUACCACAUUGGUGACCCACUUGAGUCAAAAUGCAACACUUCAAAAUGUGGCAAGCUGUUUUCUACAAAUUGUCCUCUAACCAGUGAUGUACACAUUAUUCCCAGAUUCCGUGUGGUUUUUGAGCUGUUAGUUUUAACAGGGCGUGCAACUUCAUCUCCCUCCUCUCAGCACAAUUGUGGAAUGUUUUAACAUUGUAGAAUUAACAUUUCAAUAAUGUCACAAUGUAGAACCCUAAACGUUUGACCCCUUAUCAUUUGAUUUCAGCAUGAUAUGGAUAUUAGCCUCGGGGAAAAUCCAGGCUCUGAAUUUGAAGAGUACUAUUUAUGUGAUUUAACAAAAAGUGACUAACAAAAAAAGAGCUGAGUUACACUUACCAUGUUGGUGACCCACUUAAAUCAAAAUGCAACACUUCAAAAUGUAGCUUGCUGUUUUCUGCAAAUUGUCCUCUAACCAGUGAUGUACACAUUAUUCCCAGAUUCCGUGUGGUUUUUGAGCUGUUAGUUUUAACAGGGCAUGCAACCUCAUCACCAUCCUCUCGGCACAAUUAAUUUCAACAUGAUAUCGAUGAGUGAUGACAAAGUGUUGUGUUCCUUUGUUUAGCGACCCCUACAUUGAAAUGCAUCACUCCCAAAUGUAGCUGACUGUCUUCUGCAGGUUGUCCUCUAACCAGUGAGGUGAAAGAUAUCUCCCAUUUCCAUGUGUUUUUUUUAGUUGUGUUAGUUUCAACAGCAUGUACAACCUGAUUUCCUCCCUAAUCGAUAUGAUCAGUGAUUUAUUGCUACUUGUCAAAACAACAGUGUUUCUGGUGCUUGUAUAGACCGUCCCCUCGGGAACCAGGGACCCUCUGCACACAUCAACAACUGACACCCACGAAGCAUCGUUACCCAUCGCUCCACAAAAGCCGCGGCCCUUGCACAGCAAGGGGAACUACUAUUUCAAGGUCUCAGAGCAAGUGACGUCACUGUUUGAAACACUAUUUAGCGCGCACCACCGCUAACUAAGCUAGCGUUUCACAUCCGUUACACUUGUGCAGUUUAUAAGGAGCUUGUUUUAAAAAAUACAAGUAAUAUGAUUAUUGUGGCAGAUGUUUGUGUAGAUAAUACAUUUUACGUUUAGGUUUUCAAUUUAUCACAAACUGAUUCUGCAUUUGGACUAUUGAUUUGGACACGUUUAAACUGUGACCCGACGUACAAUAUAAGUUUGGUUUUAGUUGAAAGUUGAAAAGAACUAAUUUCAACUUCCUUGCAGCUUAUACACAUGGACUCAGUAUAAUAAAUUGGUCUAUAAUCAAUUUUAUUAACAAUCCUAAUAAAUUGAGUCAUAAAUAUAAAAUAUAUGUGUUGUCCUAAGAGGAAGGAGUCUUUGGUUUUUCUAUUUAUGUUCUGAGGUUGGACUUUAGCAUGUAUAGCUCGUUAGCACGCCGAGCUCGUUUGCACGUCUAGCUCGUUAGAACAUUGUCAUUGUCAUUGAUUGUCACCUCGUUCGUCAGUAUGUGUUACACCUGUGCUGUCUUGUCCAUCUCGUUAGUGAGAAGGUGUUUCACAUGAGCUGGUCCAGGUUCUAUUUAAGAGUGACUGGUCCAGUGCUCCAGUUGUCUUGAUAGAUGUGGAGAGUCAACACCUUCAGUUGCUUCACCUUUUUGGUUUGCUUCCUGUCUUUACGUUUGGUGUGGGUUUUUCUUUUGUUUGUUGCUUCUUGGGUGAAGUUGAUGGGUCUCAUGGUGGGUGUCUUUUAUGUCCCAGUUGUUGUUACUAGUCAACUUUCAAUAGACACCCCCAUAGUGUCUUUCAGAGCCCCUCCUAUAAAACAAGCUUAUAUUUUGGGUUGGAUAUUGCAUCCAAUUAUUAAUAUUUUAAUCAAUGACAUUUCCAUAGGGUGCUCAUUAGUCUUUCAGUUGUUAUUACUCUGUUUUAUUUAUCCUCUUAUGCUUGUGUACUAAAUAGUUGUUUAUUUUCAUUUUUUUAUGUUUUUACCUGUGAAGCCAUUGUGUUGCAUCCAUGUCUGAAAUGUGCUGUAUAAAUAAAGCUUGAUUUGACUUGAA